UGCAACCCUGGAUCAUCAUUCUCUCCCCCUCUCACACGGUGUUCACGGUAAGAGCAGGAGAGAACCAGCUCCAGGAUGAUUGCUGUGCUGCUGUUGGUGUUCGGACUGACCCCUGCCUACAUAUUUCCUGUCAGUGCUGACAUCCCUGUGCACCCGAACUUUGACCCCCAAAAGACGGUCGGGAAGUGGCACCCCAUCGGGAUGGCUUCCAAGUUGCCUGAGUUGCCUGAGGAUGAGGAGAGAAUAUCACCGAUGGACCACACGGUGGUGGUUUCAGAUGGAGAUAUGAAACUCACCGCUUAUUAUAUGUCGGAUGGUGUCUGCAAAGAAGUAUCCCGUGUGUUAAAGCACACCGAGCAACCUGGUAUAUUCGAAUUUCCUGACGGUAAUGUCCACAUCAUGGAUAUUGAUUAUGAAAAUUAUGUCAUUAUGCACAUGAAGAAAGUAGAUCAUGAAGCCAUGUUUCUGUCUGCUAGGGGAUCAGAAGUGGGAGAUGACAUCAAAGAAAAAUUCAAGAAAUUAGUCUUGGAGCAAAACAUUCCUGAGGCACACAUCAAAUACUUUGAGAAUGUUGGUAAGGCAACCUGAUCUCAAGAUUUUUUU